AACUCUGCAACUUAUUGGGAAGGCAAGGCAGAUGCUGAAUCCCUUCAAAGAAUAUAUGGAAUCUCUUUCCCUGAUACUAAACAGCUGAAGGAAUGGAAGCAUUUCCAGGAGGAGGCAGCUAAGAGAGACCACCGGAAGAUUGGACGUGACCAGGAAUUGUACUUCUUUCAUGAACUCAGUCCAGGCAGCUGUUUUUUUCAUCCCAAAGGAGCUCAUAUCUACAACACACUUAUCAAUUACAUCAAAAGUGAGUACAGGACUCGUGGAUUCCAGGAGGUGGUAUCCCCAAACAUCUAUAAUAGUAAGCUGUGGGAGACUUCAGGACACUGGCAACAUUAUGCUGAAAACAUGUUUUCAUUUGAAUCUGAGAAAGAAAAGUUUGCUUUGAAGCCGAUGAACUGUCCAGGUCACUGGAAUACCGCAAAGUAUGCAUGCAGGGACCAAGUCCAGAGACGACCUACUGCUUAUAUGUGGCUUGAAAGAAUGAUACAACAAAUGGUAGCACAAGAGAUUCCAUCCUACCAAACUUUGUUCGUCUUCGAGAGUGCGGGAUAG